CCUGCGAGUGGUGCUGUCUGACCCCGCCCUCGGCAAGAUGGCGGCGCCCAGGUUGGGUACGCCUGGUCUCCGGGUUCUAGGGAGCAAGUGGCACCCCGGGAGAUUCUUCACUCCUGGAUCCGAGCCCUUUUGUUCCAGCGCUGCCACCUCUAAGUCUCUGAAUGCUCAGAGAUUGGCGGAGAAGCUCCGAGCCCAGAAAAAAGAGCAAAAGACGAAGAAAAUACCGGUCCCUACAAACCCUGUUCAGCGGAGGGUGCAGGAACUAGUGCGAUUCACCCAGCAGCUACAGAGAGUUCACCCCAAUGUGCUUGCUAAGGAACUGAGCCGAGGGAUUCUCCACCAGGACAAGGACCUUGUGGUCAUUAAUAAACCGUACGGUCUCCCUGUCCACGGUGGCCCCGGAGUCCAGCUCUGCAUCAGUGAUGUACUGCCCACCCUGGCAAAGAUGCUCCGUGGCCACAAGGCAGAGCCUUUGCAUCUGUGCCACCGUCUGGACAAAGAAACCACGGGUGUCAUGGUGUUGGCUUGGGAGAAGGAUAUGGCACACCAAGUCCAGGAGUUGUUUAGAACCCGCCAGGUGGAAAAGAAAUACUGGGCCAUCACCGUGCGUGUCCCGGUGCCCUCGGCAGGAGUGGUUGACAUCCCCAUCGUGGAGAAGGAGGUACAAGGCCAGCAGCAACACCACAAGAUGACGCUGUCCCCAAGUUACCGUGAGGACCACGGGAAAAUGGUAAAGGUGCGGGCCAACAGGAGUGCCCAUGUUGCUGUAACUCAGUACCAGGUGCUCAGCAGCACUCCGUCCUCCGCCCUCGUGGAGCUGCAGCCUGUUACUGGAAUAAAACAUCAGCUUCGAGUUCACCUGUCUUUUGGGUUGGAUUGCCCAAUCCUUGGUGAUCACAAGUACUCAGACUGGAAUAGGUUGGCCCCUCAGAAACUUUCUGCUGGUACACUAAAGAAGCUGGGACUACACCAGACAAAGACUCGCUACAUCCCCCUUCACCUUCAUGCCUGUCAGCUCAUCCUGCCUGCUCUGGGCUCCAGAACACAGGAACUCCUCCUGGCCUGCAAGCUUCCUCACUUCUUUGCAAAUUCUCUUCGUCGUCUGGGUUUAGAGAUGCCGAACCAGGAUCAAGGCAGAGGCAGUGAGGCCAGGCAUGUAGAAGCACAGUGAAGGUGCUGGGCAGGUUGGCCCAGGCCUCUGCUGUAUGCCAUGAGUCUGCUACCUUCUCACUUGGAACAGACUACAAAGAGCCAGGUGGGGUAAGUUGAAGAAACUUGACCACUUCAGGACUGUCAAUGGAGAAUGAAGUCGUAUUUACUGUCAGUCUGGCAAUAAUUUGGAAAAGUGAUGUCUUUGCCAAGAUGGAAGAGGGCCUAGGACCAGACAAAUUGGACCAGUAAAGGAGAAUCAAAGAUGGAAUCUGGCCAGGAACUGUCUUCAUCCAACCGCAAGAAAAGCUUCUGAGCAAUCAGGAGUGCUCCCGUGGGAAGAAUGUCUUAGAUAAACAAGGUUUCAUGGGACUCUUGUCAACUAGAACAUGGGUGCCAUACUUCCUUAGCAGCGGAUCUGUGAAAGAGUUGGUUAGGUGAGGUAAAUAUGGGCAGAUGACCUAAGCGAGAGAAGCUGGUAGAAGGAGUGGCUGGGACAACAGACUAAGCACACAAAUUAAUGGUUUUUAGCUCCUGCUGAUCGUUGCCCUGUGGGCAAAUUUUCUGUUUUCUUUUAGAGAACCAGGAAAUCCAGAUAUUUCUAUGAAAUCUCCCAACCUGUGUCCAACUAAAUAAAAACAUUCUAAAAUA